AUCAUUCGACGGUCCCGAAAGUGAUCGACCGAACUCUUUGGAGUCUUACCGAGUCCUUUCGGGUCAACCGACAACGGUCGACCCAACAAGCUUCCGUACAAUCAACAAGCUUCUCUCUGAAGCUUCCCCUGCUUUAGUCCCCAGCGGAGUUUCUCUCUCCACAUUUUCAACGGGGGUAGGAACCUUCUGGCAACUCAGCGGACUCCGACAGCGAUUGCGAGGCACUGUCCGUUCAAACUCGACAAGACAGUGAGAAAUGAAUACCAAUCGUUUUGAUGGUAUCAUCAACGGCAUACUUGCAGAAAUCAAACCUCAGCAGGAGGAUUGGGCUAUUAGAUUUCAAGUCAUUGAUGAGUUGCGAAAAGUGGUCGAGUCAGUCGAAAGUUUAAGAGGUGCAACGGUAGAACCAUUUGGAUCAUUUGUCUCUAAUCUAUUCACAAGAUCGGGAGACUUGGAUAUAUCCAUUCAGUUAUCGUACAGUACACACAUUAUAUUUACUGGGAAGAAGCUUAAACAGCAGUUACUGCAAGAGUUGUUAGGAGCUUUGAGAAAUGGGGGGUGGCGCAAACUACAAUUCGUGGAACGUGCUAGAGUGCCCAUAUUGAAGUUCGAGAGCAACCACUACAGAAUCUUGGGUGAUAUUUCAGUGGAGAAUUUGCAGGGUCAAAUUAAGUCAAAGUUCUUGCUUUGGCUCGGCGAGAUAGAUGGACGGUUCCGCGACAUGGUUUUACUUGUCAAGGAAUGGGCCAAAGCCCAGGAUAUUAAUAAUCCCAAAUACGGGACCAUCAACUCUUACUCUCUUUGUUUGCUGGUCAUCUUUCAUUUUCAGACUUGCACACCUCCAAUUUUUCCCCCUCUAAUAGAGAUAUACCCUGGGAAUGUUGUCGAUGAUCUCAAAGGCGUGAGGGCCGAUGCAGAGAGACAUAUAGCUGAAACCUGUGCUGCUAACAUAAAUAGGUUCAGAUCAAACAGAUCUGGACAUAUUAAUAGAAGUUCUUUGUCUGAGCUCUUCAUUUCAUUUCUUGCGAAGUUUUCGGGGUUAGUGGCAAAGGCUGUGCAACUUGGGAUUUGCCCAUACACAGGGCGGUGGGAGAGGUUAAGCAGCAAUACCAGAUGGAUGCCGAAGACUUAUGCGAUGUUUGUCGAGGACCCUUUAGAGCAGCCUGAGAACACUACAAGGGCAGUGAGCAACAGGCAACUCGCUAGGAUAUCUGAGGCGUUCAAUUUCUCCUACGAAAGCCUGUUAUCAGCCAAUCAAAACCCAUCUAAGUUGCUUGCUCUGCUGGGGAGGGGCCCAUCUUCAAGGAACGAGCGCCAUGCUGGUGGUCAGGGUAGCAACCACCGUCCACGGGCAUAUCAGGCCGGGAGACCGAAGCAGCAGCAGUUACAAAAGAACGGAUUUGACCGUCCGAGUCCCAUGGUUGGCAAUAAGUUGAUCAAUGAAGGACCCAUGCAGCAGAAUCUGAAAGGUUCAUCAUCACACGAAGCUUGGAGUCAGCCUCUUCCAAACGGUGGGAAGCAAACAUGGAGACAGACUGUUCCAAACGGUGUGAAGCCUCAACAGACCGUGAAGCAAGAUCGGAACCAACCAAGCCAAUCUUGGAAGCCUCGGUCUGGUGCAGAUAAUAAAGCUUAAAGGGCUCCGAUAUUUGGAUGUUCCAGUGUUGCGAAUUUUUGCCUUUCACUGGAAAUUGCUCGAAGAUGGCGAAGGACGGGAUUCGAAAUAUUCGGUUGGAAGAGACUCGAGUGUUGUUUAUUUAGACUUAAUACGUGCUGAAAAGCACUCGAUAUAGUAAGUGCUUUAGUGCUUAAGUGAAAAUUGUUUGACUGAGCACAAUUAUAAGGGCUGAAAACUUGAAGUUAUUUGAAUUUAUAUUUAAAUGAUUGUCCAAUAUUUUAUCUUCC